AUGCCUAAAUGGGUUCGUCGAAAGCGCAAGACACGAAAAGGAAAUCCAAUUUCGGUAAGAAAUGAGAAUUCAAUAAUCUUCUUUCUAAUGAAGUUUUAUUUCUCAUUCACAAAUGCAUAUUUCUUUCUUCUUCUAGGAGGAAGCUACUCCAUUUUUACGUCUCUCCCUCUUGUGAGGGAUAUGCCAAAAGAAUCUCAAAUCAUUUUAUAUAUUCUUACCAGAUUUUUAUUUCUUUUCGUUAUAUAUAAGCAGCUCGUCGAUUUAGGCUAUGCCUUUAUGAACGAGCUUCAGCAGGCGGUGGCUCCCUUUCUUCAGCCGUCGGGUGGAAUUGGUGGAUCCAGUGGACAACCACCGCUUCCUUCGGACCCCUUUAUUCCGCUUGUUGCACCAGCACCAGAUGAUCCGGAAGAGAACCCACCGGGGCAACCUCUUUUUCAUCAACAGCAGAAUGACCCGGCUGUUGGUCAACAGAAGCUGGAGUCUGUCCUGGUGAAACACCUAAAGCGCCAUUGUAGAUUAGUCGAUGUGCGUAAGAAAUACCCGCAACUGAAUUCCACAGAAGUGGACUCUCUCUAUUUUGCCAAGAAUCUGGCCAUUUCGCAAUUGGAUACAGAUACUAAAACCGACAGUGAAAUGGAAGCUCUUGCAGAUUAUCUAACAAAAAAUGCAAAAAAGAGAAAAACUCUAUUAGAUGACUUUUUGGCAGAAUAUUCUAAAGAAGACUAG